CAAUUUCAGAGGCAAGUUCUAUUUCGUUACCGUUGGCAACGUCUCCCCCUUCUCUCCCUCGGCGAUCUCUGACGAUCGAUCCUAUCGACAACGGCUGAGCUUCGUCUCUGAUCUAUUCGGAUUUGCAUCAAUAACUCUUAUCGAUCAUGGCAACUGCGUCAGUGGCUUUCAAAUCUAGGGAGGAUCAUAGGAAACAGUUGGAAUUGGAGGAGGCUCGAAAGGCCGGGCUUGCUCCCGCUGAGGUGGAUGAGGAUGGAAAGGAAAUUAACCCUCAUAUUCCUCAGUAUAUGUCCUCUGCUCCUUGGUAUCUCAAUGCUGAGAGGCCGAGUUUGAAACAUCAAAGGAAAUGGAAAUCAGAUCCUAAUUAUACCAAGUCGUGGUAUGACCGAGGUGCCAAGAUUUAUCAGGCUGACAAAUAUAGAAAAGGUGCUUGUGAAAAUUGUGGAGCAAUGACACAUAAUGCGAAGUCAUGCAUGGAAAGGCCCCCCAAAUUGGGAGCAAAAUGGACGGGAAAAAGCAUUGCAGCGGAUGAGAAGAUAGAGCAGUUCGAGCUGGAUUAUGAUGGUAAAAGGGACCGUUGGAAUGGUUAUGAUGCUGCUUCUUAUGUCCAUGUUGUUGAGAGAUAUGAAGCAAGAGAUGAAGCGAGAAAGAAGUAUCUCAAGGAACAGCAGCUUAAGAAGUUGGAGGAGAAAAACAAUAAUAACCAAAAUAAGGAAGGUGAUGUCCUCAGUGAUGAUGAUGAUGAAGAUUUGGAAGAUGCUCUGAAGGUAGAUGAAGCCAAGGUUGAUGAGAGUAACCAAAUGGAUUUCGCAAAGGUUGAGAAGCGUGUGCGAACUACUGGUGGUGGUAGCACCGGGACUGUUAGGAAUUUGCGUAUCCGGGAAGACACAGCCAAGUACCUUCUUAAUCUCGACGUCAAUUCAGCCUACUAUGACCCCAAAACCAGGUCCAUGCGCGAAGAUCCACUUCCAGAUAUGGAUCCAAACGAGAAGUUCUAUGCGGGGGAUAACCAAAACAGAUUAAGUGGCCAAGCAUUAGAGUUCAAGAACCUCAACAUCCAUGCUUGGGAAUCAUUUGAGAAGGGUCAUGAUGUCCAUAUGCAAGCAGCUCCCUCUCAAGCACAAUUGCUUUAUAAAAACUAUAAAAUCAACAAGGAACAACUCAAGUCCAAAACCAGGGAGACCAUCAUGGAGAAAUAUGGUAAUGCAGCUAGUGAUGAGGCACUCCCUAGAGAACUUUUACUUGGUCAGACUGAGAGAGAAGUCGAGUAUGAUCGCGCUGGCAGGAUCGUAAAAGGACAGGAGAUGUCACUUCCUAAAAGUAAAUACGAAGAAGAUGCUCACAUAAACAACCACACUAGUAUUUGGGGUUCGUGGUGGAAGGACCAUCAAUGGGGUUAUAAGUGCUGCAAGCAGACAAUACGGAGUAGUUAUUGUACUGGCGCUGCUGGAAUUGAAGCAGCUGAAGCCGCGGGAGAUCUUAUGAGGGCCAAUAUUGCCCGCAAAGAAGCUACUGAGGAUGCCUAUAAACCAACCAAGGAAAAGAGGCUUGUUACCUGGGGAACUGAUGUACCAGAAGAUUUGGUUCUGGACCAGAGUAAAGUGACUGAAGCUCUUAGAAAGGAGGAUGAAAGGAGAAGAGAGGAAAAAGAUGAAAGAAAACGGAAAUAUAAUGUGAAGUAUACUAGUGAUGAGGUGACACCAGAAGAAAUGGAGGCCUACAAGAUGAAGAAGAUCUAUCACGACGAUCCAAUGAAGGAAUUUCUGCACUGAGUUUGGUAGGAAGGA